AUGUGUAUGUGUGUCGCUGGUCGUCAUAGAAAUAAAAAGUUUUCAAUUUCGGAUUUUACUGUCACCAGUGACAUUUUCAAGUUGCUUUUAUAGUGAUAGUUGGACCCUUCUCCACUUGAAACGAGAUAUUUAAGAAACAAACGAGAAAUCAAUUCUAUCCGAGUUUUAGAAAUUACAACGAGCGAAUCCUCCGCUAAACAAACCGAAAAUGCGUUACAUCGAUCCCAUUCAUGGUGUGAUGGACUUGCCGAACAUUAUUUUCGAAAUAAUCAACACGGAAUUCUUCCAACGAUUACGCAACCUGAAGCAACUCGGUGCUUGUAGCUACGUUUUUCCAGGAGCAACUCAUAACCGAUUCGAGCAUUGUAUUGGUGUUUGCCAUCUGAUUGACAAAUUUCUGGACAUUCUCGAGAAGAACUCGGCUAUCAAAGUGACCGAUUAUCAUCGAAAAUGUGUGAUGAUUGCUGGCUUGUUGCAUGACGUCGGCCACGGACCGUUUUCUCAUAUGUGGGAUCAGUUUGUGCACCAGAGACGCUACAAAGAUUGGAACCACGAAACCUCGUCCUGUGAUAUAACGCGGCACAUUUUCGAUAAAAAUGACAUUAAACUAUCGACGGACAUGCAGGAGCAUGUGAACGGCAUCGAAAUAAUUGUGUCGAUGAUAAACGGUGAUGUGGACUGCCUUCAGAAGUAUUUAAGCAACGACCAAAUGUACCUGUCUGAGAUCGUAAACAACAAAUUCUGUUUCAUCGACGUCGAUAAAUGGGAUUACAUUCUGCGCGACUCAUACUACCUCAACAAUGUCAUUUCCCUGCCAAAAGGAUUUGCGCGCAUUUUCUCCGGUGCCAGAGUGACAGCCACCGCGGAUGGUGUAACGCAUAUCAGUUACCACAUCGACGAUUACCAUCUGGUCCAUGAGUUGUUUGAGAAUCGGGCGAACCUGCACGGUCGCUGCUAUCAACAUCCCGAAAUCAUCGGCAUCGAACAUUUAUUGGUCAAAGCGUUCCUAUCGGCCGAAGAGAAUGGGUUCCUGUUCCAAGGAGUCAAAUUGUCCGAAGCGCACAUGCAUCCGGACGUGUAUCGGUAUCUGGAUGAUUCGAUCAUUCAAAUCAUCACCAUCAGCAACGACGAACGACUGAAAGAAGCCCAAGACUUUCUGGGACGGGUUCGAACGAGAAAUUUGUAUCCAAUUGUGGGUAUGUCCAGCAGUGGGUACGAGAUUCCAGUGAAAAAUGGACUGAGCAAGGAGUUUAUCUUGAAGACCCGCAAUAUUCCAACGGCUAGCGAAACAAUGCCUAAGAAUCUGAUACUCCACAACAGUAACGGUGAUAUAACGGACAAACCGGGCGAGUUGCAUCCGAAGUACAUUCUGUAUUACACGAACGGCGUCACACCGGCCGUUCUGCAAGAAGUGAAACAAUUUCAAAAAUGAUUUUUUUUUCUUUCGUUGAACCGUUCCGUUUUAGCAAUUUCGUUAUUUUUUGUGAGUUUGAGUUCGAGAAAUUAAUUUUUUUUUUUAAAUUAUUUAUGCAUCCGUUACGCAGUAUCAUGAAUUGACCGUACAAUAUUUAUAAAAGAUUUCCAAUUUUAGUAAAAAAAUUUAUUUAUGCAAACGAA